UUUACGUCACUUCCGCACCUGCGCAGCCAUCUUGAACCUUUAGCAAGCAACGGACACAGAAAGGCAGGAAAAGGGAGUAAAAUAUACCAACCCAAGCGAAGGAAACUGUGAUAUGUCCGCUAGAAUUAAGGAUAUAUGAAUCUGUAAAGAUCAAAUAGAGCAGAGCUACCUAGAUACAGCAACGGAGAGGGGUAACAACCAUCUAAGUGCCUCGGAUACCCGGACCUACAAGUCAUCUUUUUUGCCGGACGAGGAAGGAAGACUCGAUUUUCCGACAGAAAAACAUCCAGAGUGAAAUCAUGAAUCCCGAAUAUGACUAUCUGUUCAAGCUCCUUCUCAUUGGAGACUCUGGAGUAGGAAAGUCCUGUCUUCUGUUGCGCUUUGCAGAUGACACCUACACUGAGAGCUACAUUAGCACCAUCGGAGUGGAUUUUAAGAUCCGCACCAUUGAGCUGGAUGGCAAGACCAUCAAACUUCAGAUUUGGGAUACUGCAGGUCAGGAGAGGUUUCGUACGAUCACCUCCAGUUACUACCGUGGAGCCCAUGGCAUCAUAGUUGUAUAUGAUGUGACAGAUCAGGAGUCCUACAACAACGUCAAACAGUGGCUUCAGGAAAUUGACCGUUAUGCCAGUGAAAAUGUCAACAAACUUCUGGUGGGCAACAAGUGUGACCUGACUACUAAGAAAGUCGUGGACUACACAACAGCCAAGGAGUUUGCUGACUCUUUGGCCAUCCCCUUCCUGGAGACGAGUGCCAAGAACGCCACCAACGUAGAGCAGGCUUUCAUGACCAUGGCGGCUGAGAUCAAGAAGCGUAUGGGUCCCGGGGCUACAGCCGGUGGCGACAAGCCCAACUUAAAAAUCGAGAGCACCCCCGUCAGGCAGUCUGGAGGGGGUUGCUGUUAAAGGAGCCCUCAUUCCGUUGCCCCAGCCAUCACCUACACCAUUUCCACUGAAAUUUCCCUUACUCUCCUCUCUGUGCUCUCUUACUUCACCUCUGCCAGUCCCACACCUCACCAUUCCUCCAUAACACCAUGUAACCCACGCACACCUCCCUGACUACCCCUCUGUCAGCCUGCCUGGACAUACAGGACGGCGGGGCAAACGGAAAAGUAAUCUGCAAGAGCGUUAAGGUCUGAUUGAAACUUAGGGACGGCCUGUAUCCCCUCCGAACAAAGAAAGUGAAGAAGGCAACCAGUAUGUGGGGGUGGGGGGUUGGGUGGUCGCAGAAACAGACACCGAGACAGGUUUUACUUUCUUCCAAAGGGACAGAAAGAAAAUGGAUGCAGGGGAAAAUUGGCAUUGAUUCAGAGUGAAAUGGAAGCGGUGGAAAAUUAUGUUUAGAUACAAGUGAGCUUAUCUACACACACACACACACACACACACACACACACACACACACACACACACACACACACACACACACACACACACACACACACACAUGCGAUAGUGGGGUGGUACAGGUUAAAGAGAUUUAAGCCUUUUGGCCCAACACAUUUCUCCUCAGGCUGUGUCUGUCUUUGUCGGUCUCAUCUCGCGUCCCCCAACCUCAUCCCACCCUAGCCUAAAUUUUUGCUACCUGGAAUUAUUUACCUGCACAGUCACACCACUGUAUAUUUUCUGUACACAGUAGUAAAAAAAGGAAAUGUCCCUGAAUAGCAGCAGCCUGCUAACAGUGACUCAUCAUUGCUGUUUCCUGAUGAGGGUCCAGGGAAAGCCCUAUCAGGGAGCUUCCUCAACCUGCGCUCCACUUUCUUCCAGUGUGUUCAGACAGACAGUGAAGUCAAUGUUUUUAACUCGCAUUCGAGCAGUGUGUGUUCUUUCACCUCAGGCGAGCCAGAGUACCAUUGGGCUAGCUAGGGAGUGUUUGAACGUCUGCAGUUUUUCCUCCAGUCUCUGCUUGUUCCUUCUGUUUCUGUGUGUUCAUGAAGGGGUUACACUUUUCCUCAGAUUUUUAACUCAAUCAGUUUCUUCACCUCAGUACUCAAAUUGCUGUCUAGCUGAACUUAAUAGUCCAUUUUCAGUUACAUUUAAUGCAGUCACAUUGUUUCCUAUCUGUCUGAACACACCUUUAAUUUGUCAUUCUCCUUCAAACGAACUCAUGGUGUGCUCAGUUGUAACCAUGUAAAGUGACACAAGGAAUUGUGUGAAGAAUGGCAAAAAGGAGAGCUUACUUUCAUGUCUCUUCAUGCUGGCCAUUUGUUCAAAGUAAGUCUCGUUGUCAGAUUAAAGUUUUAAAAUUACCUCCAGGGUUAGAAAGGAGGUUUUACUCUUAGAGUUGCAUUUAGUUGGGAAAAAUACCGGGGCCUGUAGUACAUCAGAAAAUGAUAGAGAAAUAUUCAUUUGCAUUGAAACAAGAUAGUAGCAUAGUGGUUAUUUGUGGGGAUAGUUGUCAAGCUGCUAGUGUGCAGUUACAGUUAGCAAGCCUGCCGCUUUGGUCGGCAAUAGUAAGUUAAGACACUUUACUCAGUGUACCAUUGACUCCUGUGUGGAAGCCAUGCCUGCUGUGUGGAGCUGGAUGUAUGAGAGUGGAAUACACAACACAGGUAGUGUGAUAGCCUUCUCUUUUCUGGAUGGUUUGACUUGCAGAUGGUCAGGGAAGCAAACCUGUUUGUUAACCUAGCAGACAACUGAGCCCAUUCCACAUGUAGAAAUCAGAGCUGGGAUGGAAGUGACAGUUUUGAGGCUUGUUGUUUAUGGCGUUAGUCUUCUUAAGCUAUGAUUUCAUGGAAGAAAAGAAUGACAAAAUGCUGUACCAUUGAGCAGAGUGAAAUCCUGGAAUGACACUAAAUGUUACAGUCAGUUGGGCAGACAGCACAGAUGAUGAGGCACGGCAACGCUGGGGUAGGGUGGGGGUUGGGGGCUGGGGGGUGGGCGAGCACUUGGUUUGAGUUAUUUUGACAACCAGAAACAAUUGGCAAUAUGCUGCAUUAAUCUUACAGUUUGUGUUUUGUCAUUGUUGUGAUGUCAUAGGUUGUUCUGAUGGGGACUAUUUACACAAUGAACUCCGCCUCUCAUGUUCAGCACAUGACAGAAUAGGUUGUAGGAUGGUGUUUUGUUCUUGCUUGCUUGCAGAUGAAGCUGGGGUAGAGAUGUGGUGUGAUUGCGUCUAUUGUCUUAGAGGGUGGAGUCUUACAAAAGCUGCUGUUCCUUUCCUGAGGUCAACUAAUCUGUCAGAGUCUCAUUUGGACUCUUGGGUCAUUUCUGUUUUGUUUUUUUUUUUAAUGUCAGUGAGCAUCCCUGGUUCCUCAUCAGAUUCCUUAGUGCUCCAGUUUGUGUCUCCUAUGUAAUCGUCCUCCUUAUGCUUGAGUCUGAUUAUUAUUAAGGCCUUGGUGACUUCAGUAGAACAAGUUCAUAUGAAGUAUUGUUCAAACAUGCUGAUGUUGAGAAAUGUUUACAGCUGUUGUGAAGCGACAUACUCAGAGGUCGCACACUGAAUUGUAUGGAUGAGGAUAACUGCGCGCAUUCUGGAACAGCUUUUUUAGCUGCAGAAGGCAGAAAUCAAUGAAAAAAGUAAAAAAAAAUAGAUCAAAGAAUUGAAAAAAUUACAACUCUUAUCCUGUAGCUCUUCCUUCUCCUCUCUGUUCUAUGCUCCUCUCACCAAACAAGCAUGCACUUCAGAUGCACAAAGACAGCCAAGAGAAAAGCCAACAUUUAUUUAUGGCUUCACUUCUUAACCUAGGUCACCUCAAGAUCCACAUAACGGCUUUCCCCCAACAGCUAGGGCUUUUCGGACACCAAGAAUAGCCCUUGAACAGAAAAAGUAGAAGGCUUCAGUCACCUCAUGCCUGUUGUGCAGAGCCCACCAGUGAUAAAGGCCAUUAAAUGCAUUUGAAACCUCUGUGAAAGGAUACUCAAUGAGCUGGCAACAUACUUCUUGGGUUAGAUAGGGUUGCUCAGGAGAAACACAAAUUUGAUCACUCAGCUUUCAGUGAAAUUUUUAGAUGGUUCAGUUUUCUGCCUGAACUUGGAAGCACUGCGGUUAUAUACUCAGCACGGAUCAGUGAAAAAGAACAAACGGGAGCGAGCCGUAUCUGAGCAGAUUUGAGAGUGUUGCACCUGCAGUUGUUGAUCGUAGCUGCCUACAGUUAGCAUAGCAACGGUGGAGUCACAGUGUACGAGUUGUUUUACGCGCUUGAAGCUCUGAGCGCCUCACUGCUUUUAAUACCUCUGUUUUAGCUCUCAGCGGUAUUUCUAGGGAAACUGGAAGGAAUGUGAAAAACAGAGCAUCCCCCUGGCCUGUUCGAGGGGCCUCUACAUGGCAGCGAAACUCUGCUUCAUUACAUUUAACCUGAUCAAUCUGAGCCACCAAUUUUUACCCUGUUUGACAAGAGAACUGGAAGAUAUGCUGACGUUUUUGUAGAAAGCUGCUCUCACAUGACCGAAAAGAAUACUGUACUGUGCUAGCGUUUGUCGUUCUUAUGGCUCUUUAUUGGUUUCUAACUGUGCACAUCCGCAGUGGUCAGUUUCAUCAUGUGCGUUGUGUUUGGGGGCGUCAGGAGAUUCAGGGACUGACUGGUCUUGGUUUGCCGACCGGGUAUGAACUCCCAGCUCUUCCUUCAAGCCAGCCAUGCCACUUCAACUUGAUGAAUUCCUCAAGAUCCCCACUGACCAGUCCCUGCUCUCACACGAGGGAAGCCAACCUGGACUUCACUCGCGCUCUUAGUUCUGUACAAGACGAAACCUGGCAGCAUUUCAGGCAGAACAAGGCCUCAGGCUGAGGCAUCACAAAGAGCACGAGUCCACUUCCAUUUGCGAAACCGCUUCAGCCCUGUGGAGCAGAAGUGAAAUGCUACAGUUUUCAGUGCAGGACUGGAAUCUGACACUGAGGGAGAGGGAGGGCAGCAGCAGCAGCAGCAGCAGCAAGCGUACGUAUUUGUCUGUAGAACGGGUCGGGGUUGCAUGUAACAUUCCGGAGCUUUUUGGACACGUGUUGGUAUCCCGGCAUCACGCCACUCUCACUUUAGUAGAUGCAGAAGAAGCAGUUAUUUGAAAUUUAACACUUAACACACACUCUCUCUCCCUCUUUCUCUCCCUCUCUCACACACAUACACACACAUAUAGUGGAUGUUUUGCGCUUUCAUGGCGGUUUCCUUUUUUAAAAUCUUUUUCUUUCAACAAGUCUUGAUAUGAUACUGAUUUUAAUGUAUUCAUUGAAUACUAUACUGUGUUGUCUAGUCCAUGAAAGUAUGAGGGGACACUGGGCAGGGUGGGCCUUCUGAUGAGGGAAGGGUUAAACACGUAUAGGGUUUGGCUUCUGCUUAUGAAUGUGAUUCUGAUGAAACAAUGCUUGACUUUUCUUCUUUAGCUCCUAUUUUGUUUUGGGUUUUUUUUUGCAUUAAAGGUGGUGUUUUCCUUGUCAUUUGCACACUGUUCAGUGGCUUAACAAAGGCACUCACUAAGUGGUGUUUGUUAAUAAAAAGCACCGGGCCUGUCACCUUCUGUCUUUUAUUUUCUGUUUGGCUUGUUCACUUUGGUGCUGUCUCCCUGCUGAGUUUGAUCAUGUUUUUUUUUCUGUACAUAUUAUAAAUAUAUAUAUAAUAAAAUGAUGAAAACAA